AUGGCAUUAACCGAUAGACGUCCAAUGGCAUUACCAGUUUCUGCUUCACCAGUUUCUCCCUCAUUUAAUCCAAAUACUUUGGGGAUUUCAACAAAAACAAGAAAUAAUAGCUUACCAUUACAUCCAACAGAGGAAGAAAAAAUUGAUGAAGUUGAAGAACUUGAACAUGAUGAAGAAAAACAAAAUUCAAAUGAAGAAGAAGAUGAUGAUAAACAAUCAAUAUCUUCGGAAUUGGAAAAAAUGGAAAUUCAAAAUGAAAAAGAUCUAGAGAACUCAUCAACUUCAAGAAGCGCUUCCCCAGAAUCAAUUUUAGACAAAGCUAAAACAACUACAAGAGAAUCAACUCCUCCAACAACUAUUUCAACUCCACCAUCAUCUCAAGGAGAUAACGAUAAUUUAUCAACUAACUUUACCAAAAAGGUUAAAAAGCCAAAACCAAUUUCAAGAGCUCCAAUAGCGACUGGUAUUUCAACUGCAAUUCCUGUAACUGGUGAAAAACCUAAACCAGAACAAAAAGGAGAUGCUUCAUUAGAAGAUGAUGUUUUAUUUGCAAUUUUUGUUAUAUUAUAUGAAAGAGAUCCUGAAGGUCAAGGAUUCACAGUUAAACAAAUUUGUGAUAUAUUAGUUGAGGAACAUCCACUGAUUGCUCAAUUAUCAACAAAAACUUCUAAUUUAGUUAGUGCCAAAUUGAAUGCAUAUGUUAAAAGAGUUGAAAAAGGUGAUACAAGUUUGAAAUAUGCCAUUUCAAGAGAUUGGGCAGAUGCUUCACCAAAAAGAAUGGUUUAUGUUUAUCGUGGUAUAUUAGCUCCAGGUUUUGAAGUUGUUGCUAAAAAAUUGAUGGAUGAGAUUAAGCAACAAAGAGGAGAAGAACAAGCUCAAGCACAGGCUCAGGCGCAAGCACAAGCACAAGCACAAGCAGCUCAAGUUGAUUCUCAACAAAUUGAAGGUGAACAAGAUGAAGAAAAAUCAUCUGGUGCUGCUUCACCUAAAUCAUCUACUAAGAAAUUUGUAAAAGAAUUACCAUCCACUACAAGUUUCAAUGAUGAUUCAUUGGAAGCUGGUAAACAAGCAUCUUUGGCCAAACCAAGGAGACAGACCAUGUUUGAUUUAGGAAUCACAAAACAUUCAUUUUUUGAAACUGGUUCUGGGUUUGAUAAAUCUAAUUUAUUUGUUCCUUAUUCUUCAGCUCCAGUCACUGCUGCAUUAAAUGAAGUUUCAACUACAACAGAUUCUUUGAAAGAUACUUCAGAUAUGGAAUUAGAUGAAGAAGAAUUUGAAGGUGUAUUUGCAGAUAGUGAUCAAGAUGAUGAAGAGGAUGAUUUCAAUUUAAUUGAAACUAUUCGUAAAAAUGGUAAACGUUCGAAAUCGAUGUCUUAUUUAUCAAUUACUAAAAAAACCAAAGUUUUAACUGCCGCUGCAGCUGCUCCAAGAGCUUCUAGAGCACCAAGUUCUCAUAGUCCAAAUGCUGCCGCUGCUGCAGCUGCCUUACAUGCCGCUGCAUUAAGAGCUAUAUCAAGAACUUCUUCAACAUCAAAAGAUUUAGAUUCAAAUAAAAAAUGGUUAAAAGUUAUUAGAUCUGGAUUUUUGAGCCAAGAUAUUGGUGCUCCUGAAGAUACAAAAUUAUCUGAUCUUGAUAAAUUUUUCAAUUAA